GUGUGUUUUUAAUUUAUCAACUAGGAUUUGAUUUUCUUGUUUAACUUCUUCACUCACUUUCCCUUUUGUGAGAAAGGAUAGAAAGAUUCUAUUUAUGUUCCAUCUUGUUUCUUGUUAUUUUAAUAAUAUGAGCAUGCAUCAUAAUCUCUGUAGCUACGCGUCUCUGAAGUAUAAUCCCUUGGCCAUUGAUGCUUCAUAUAUUAUUUUUAUCUUUAUUUCUAGCUCUAUUACUUCUAGACGGUGAUGGUGAUAACUGGUCUUGUCUUUUCACUUUCUUGCAGUUUGAGUUCAAGAGAUUCAUAUUGAAUCAAUGGUGGAUUGGAGUGAUUUUUAUGACGACUAUGAUGAGAAUUGGGAUGUUGAUUACUUCAGUGAUGGCUACCCAUACAAAUGGGACUUUGAUAAUGAUGAUACUUAUGGAGAGGAGACAAGUGACUUCUAUGGAUAUGAAAUGCAUAGGGAUCAUAGUUGUUCUUUUGCACAGAACUCGAGUGAUUGCUAUGGAUAUGAAGUGUAUUCAGAUCAUAAUGAUACUCCUGAUGAUGACACAAGUGAAAGCUAUGAAUCAGAUGAGGAUUCUGAUGAUGAGGAUGAUGACACAAGUGAAAGCUAUGAAUCGGAAGAGGAUUCUGAUGAUGACGACGAUGAUUCAGACGAAGAGUGGAAUCAUCAUGAUGAUAAUUGUUCCGAGGCCCAUAGUGAUUUCUCGGCAUAUGAAGAUAAUUGGGAUUAUGAUGAUACUUAUUAUUCAGAUGAAGACUUUGGAGAUUUCUGUGACUAUGACUAGGGUUGCAUACUGAACCCAGGGUAGAGAAAGGAAAGAAAGGUCGUGAAGAUCAAGUCUCUAAAAAAACGUUCAAGUUCUUUAUGUAUUUUCACAUCCUAGUAUGUUGUUUUCGUUGUUUACUCUUAAAUCACAAUUUGCUCUUAAAUAAGAAAAGUAUUUCUCUAAAUUAAAACUUUAAGAUUAUA